UCUUUUAUCGUUAAUUACACAAACCUUUAAGCUCGCUUUUCUUUUUCUCAAGCGUUUUCCCCAACAUGGGCGACAAAAAGAGCCCGACCAGGCCGAAAAGACAAGGCAAACCUCUAGCGGACGACGGUUUUUGGGACUGUAGCGUGUGCACGUUCAGGAACAGCGCGGAAGCGUUUAAAUGCAGCAUCUGCGAUGUACGGAAGGGCACAUCCACAAGGAAGCCCAGGAUAAACUCCCAGCUGGUGGCCCAGCAGGUGGCCCAGCAGUUUGCCACCCCUCCCCCUGCAAAGAAAGAGAAAAGGGAGAAGCCUGAGAGACCUGAAAAAGAGAAAGUGGAGGCUGAGCGACCGGAGCGAAACUUGCCCGAAGUUGAACAACCUGUCAAAGAACGGACGGAGCUUGAGACGGAGCAUCCUGAGAAGGAAAAGAAGGACGGAGAAAAAGAAAUCACACCCACCCUCCCAAAGAAACCCAGCUGCAAAAAGACCAGGCCUAAGGUAGACAUUCAUCACAGCCCGCCGAGCGAAAGAAAUAGUAUACAGUCUGGGAAAUCGACCACCAAGACUAAGAACUCUCACAUCUCAAGACCCAAACUAAAGAAUGUGGACCGGAGCACAGCCCAGCAGCUAGCUAUCACAGUUGGAAAUGUGACAGUUAUCAUAACGGACUUUAAAGAGAAAAUUCGCUCAUCCUCCACAUCGUCUUCGACAGUAACAUCCAGCGCCGGCUCAGAGCAGCAGCACCCGAGCUCAGGCUCCGAGAGCAUGGACAAGAGCUCGUCACGCGCCUCGACACCCAAACGAGAGCUCUCGCUCGGCCACGACGAGUCGUUCUGAGCCUCCAAACUACUCUUGGACACUGGAGAUGCUGGCUGUUUUCUCAUUCUCCAAUGCCCUGACCUCAUUCCACCCCAUAUGCUUUCCUUUAUCAAAAAAAAAAUGGGGCAAACGCUCACACCUGCUCACACCUGAAUACUGAUGCGUGCACACGCAGAUACAUCCGAUACAUCUUCUGAUUGUUGGAGAUAAUGUUUCUCUGGACCCUUAGUGGAUUGGAGAAUUCUUGGCAUCAAAACUCAGUAGCACUGGGGUGACAGCAGGGCCCCUGGGAAUGCGUCUCUGCUCUUGUAUGUAUUGUUUUAUAAUUGUGAGUAAGCAUCAGGCUGAAUCAACCUUUUUUAUUUUAUUUUAGUUAAAAGUCUGCUGUGCACAAUAACCACAUACAUUUUAACUAUUCCCUAAACCUCUAUGACACUUAUUUAUUAUCUGUUUUAUCCUAAUACUUUUAGAGAUUCGUUCCAUUGAAGCUUUGCUAAGUAGCUCGGCCGAUGGUUUCUUUUUACACGUCAAUUUUUUUUCAAGAUUGAAUUGUUUUCCCAAACCCUCCUGAGAAACUCUCCCACAUUGGUGCUAGCUACACUGUGAAUUUUUUUUUUUUUAUCUCUUCAGACACGGCAAGGUCCUCAAGUCUUAAGUCUCUUUCACUUAGUCUUACAAACCACCUGGUCAGCAGUUAUAUUUAUUUUCUUUUUCAUUCUGAGGGAUCUGCUCUUCAUGGUGGCAUUUUCAGCCUCAUGUUGCCAGGCAGUCUGACCAAUUUCAAGCUUUUAAACAGUCCAUUCUCUGUCCCUAGUUCACUAGGAUGCUGUCGACAUCUCUAAAUGAAAUCUGGUCUGUUGCUCCUGUAUUUGCUGCUGAUUCUGUCCCUGCAGAAAGGCAGAAAGAUCGGGGACAGCUGAAGCUAAUAAAGAGGCAUCUGUGGUAGGGUGCAUAAUAUACUAGUUGAAAUAGAAAUCUGUAUUCUCUAAGGUUCAGUGGUUGGGAUUUGUUUGACAAAUCUUAAUCCUGAAUUAUUUAUGGCGUGUGGUGAUAACACUAAAACGAUUCUUCAAUAUAAAGCGACUUUCAGUUCAGGAUCAAGCCUAGCUAGUCUGUGGUUUUAAAUGAAGCCAUAGCCAUGUGGCAUGUAAUCUGCUUAGACGGUGUGUCUCAGCAUGCUUGAGUGACACUUGGCACACAUUCGUUUAGUGGAGCAAAAAGAAAAAGGCUGAUCCCCAGAAUGUCACCGAAGGAAAACAAAGGACACAAGUAGGCUGUCUUAUUUGUAUGUUGUCACUUUGUUCAGAUGUUCAGAGCAUUUUAUUCAGUAAUGAACAAAACAGGUCUUACAUCCCCGAGAAAAGCCAAAAUUAGGUACUGAUGCAAAUAAAAAGAUUCACCCAACAUCCUCUUGGCCUGUAUUAAACCUUGUAUAAAGUAUGUGUAUAUGAUAUGAGUUUUAUUUAUUGAAGGACCAAAGGAAUUUGAUAUUAAUGACAUGCUAGAUAAAUAACAAUUCACAAUGUAAUUAUCAUAUGUGUGCUAUAUAAUACAUUUGAAAUAAAGUCUAAUAUAACCCA